AUGGGUCUUAAGUUUGGACCACUUAGUAUAGAUGUUGGCGGUCGUGCCGAGGCAGGAAGAGCAAAGGCAGGAAAAGGCAUUAGGGAGACCUACCUGAGAGCUGGGGGUGUGAGUAAACAAAAACUGAAAGAGGCCUAUUUCUCACUCACCGAUAAAGAUGAACAUAUACGCGCAGUGAAGCUGGCUCUAAUAAUUUGCGUUGAGAGUCUAUUGGUUGGAUCUCCGCAAAAGAAUAACUUGGUGCUAGCUCCAGAGCUUCGACCAACAGUCGAAGAAGUAGAGAUCGAGGUUGUCAGGAGUAUAAAUGUCAACGACAUUCAUAUAAAGGACAAGGCUCUAUGGUCAGCACCCACAGCAAAGACAAUGGAGAAUGACGAAAGAAAUAAAGAGAAGGUGAAGCAGUAUAGAGAGGAGAUCAAUGCUUCACUGCAUGAGCAGGUAAAACAACAUAGAGAGGAGAUCAAUUCUUCACUGCAGGAGAAGGUGAAGCAGCAUAGAGAGGAGAUCAAUGCUUCACUGCAGGAUCUGGUGAAGCAACUCAGGGAGGAGAUCAAUGCUUCACUGCAAGAGCAGGUGAAUCAACUCAGGGAGGAGAUCAAUGCUUCACUGCAGGAGCAGGUGAAGAAGAUCAGAGAGGAUAUUAAUUCUUCACUGCAGGAGCUGGUGAAGCAACUCAAAGAGGAGAUCCAGGGAAUGAAGGACAAUGUUCCUUCGACCAGCCCUCUGAUCGUAGAGAAUGCUUCACUGCUGGAGUAG